UUUCGAAAACAAAAGGGUUUAACAACAGGGAAUGUUGAAGUUGUUGCCGCGAUUUUUUUUGCCGCAAAACGCAGCCGCGACAGCAAACCCGCACUGCACCAAUAAUUCUCGUCGCACCUGCACCCUGCGAAUAUUGACUACUCAGUAGCUCUUGCUGCCAUAGAGGAUGGAAUACGUCAGCCCAGAAGGACUUCGCUUGGAUGGUCGCCGACCAAUGGAGAUGCGACAAAUUCGUGCAGAGAUUGGUGCUGUAUCCAAAGCAGAUGGUUCUGCCAUUUUCGAGAUGGGUAAUACCAAAGUCAUUGCUGCUGUUUAUGGCCCUAGAGAGGUGCAAAAUAGGAAUCAACAAAUAAGUAGCCAUGCUCUGGUUCGGUGUGAGUACAGCAUGGCUAAUUUUAGCACUGGAGAUCGCAUGAGGAAACCUAAGGGCGACAGGAGAUCAACUGAAAUUUCUCUGGUUAUUCGACAAACUAUGGAAGCUUGUAUACUGACACAUUUAUUGCCUCGUUCCCAGAUAGAUAUUUAUGUCCAAGUUCUCCAAGCAGAUGGAGGAACUAGAUCUGCUUGUAUAAAUGCUGCAACUUUGGCCCUUGCCGAUGCUGGGAUUCCUAUGCGUGAUCUUGUAACUUCCUGUAGUGCUGGAUACCUUAAUAGCACCCCUCUGCUUGAUUUGAACUAUGUAGAAGACAGUGCUGGAGGUCCUGAUGUAACUCUAGGAAUUCUUCCGAAGCUGGAUAAAGUGACACUUCUUCAGAUGGAUUCUAAACUACCAAUUGACAUUUUGGAAAAUGUUAUGCAACUGGCAAUUGAAGGCUGCAAAGCAAUAGCUAACUAUAUUCGAGAAGUUUUACUGGAGAACACAAAGCAACUUGAGUAUCGACGAGGUGUAUAAUUUUAGAGCAGAAGUAAUAUUUCCUAUUUGCAUCAUGACGCGAUGAUUAUUAUUGUCGUUGGUCUUGUUUUUCCAGAUUUAUAGGUUCAUUCUUUCAGCAUUUGUGCAUUUCUCAUUUUGGAUUAGAAUUCUCCUGUAUUUACCUGUAAACAAUUUUGUUUUUUGCAUACGGUGUUGACUAAAGGGAAGUGAGGGGAGAGGUUCUAACUUUGUGCAUGUUUGAAUUUCACUUGUGAGAGAGUUUAAAAGUUUUUUUCCUCCCAAUAACAAAUUCUUACUUGA